AUGCUGGUCUCUCGGAGCACCUUGUCGGAGAACCUUGCGUUAAACGUAACAUCACUAUAAAUAAAUACAUCGGAAUUAAUAAGGUGUGGUGACAACGCUGUACAAGUCGUUUAUACAGUUUCUGGAGCGCAUGAUGGAAAUUAGGUAUUCACAGGUGUGUUUUCUACCUGUGUUUCUGUUUAUAAAUGGAGUGUCUCUGCAGGAGACUGUUGUGAGUUUUAUUGGAGGCUCUGCUGUUUUACCUUGUUCUUCUAAAGAUCCUCCGCAUACAAUUCAAGGCAUAGGUGUGUAUUGGAGACACAGCAGCCAGAAUGUGUAUGGCAUUAUUUAUGGUAAAGUCUCUGUGGAAGGACAGGAUCCAGAGUACAGGAGCAGAACUGAAAGCUUCCCCGAGGAGUAUAUGAGAGGAAACUUCUCCAUCAAACUCAACAAUCUUCAACACACUGAUGCAGGAGAAUACAAGUGCUACAUCAUAGAGGAAUCAGUAGUCUGGAGAGUUAAGCUUUUAAUUAAGGAGAGACCAGAAAGGCCAAUCCCCAGUGAAGGCACAAAACCAAGACCAGAUGUGAUUGUAAUUAUCAUUUCCGUUCUGUUUAUUGGUAUUAUAUUUUCAUUGGCUGCUUUACCUGUCCAGCAUCCUUCUGUAACUGUCUUUGAGGUUUCUUCCUUCAACUCUGCACAACUUUGA